UCAGUUUGCCCGUCCCUUUUCCAGUAUGAGGCAGUGGUAUUAUUACCACUACAGAUUUGGUGACAUUUCCAGACAACACAGAGAGGACAGGCAUACACAUUAACAGUACAGACCUCUCACUGACUUUGGAUUCUCACAGGAGUUGCAGUCAUGGUGCUUACUUGUUUCCUCUUUCUGCUCUUCCUCACAGGUAAGCUUGGACAAUAUGGGGUUUUCCCUGAGCGUAACUGCAGUUAUCAGGAUGUUUUAAACCACCUGAAUCUGACCAAAAACAAUGAGCUGUACUCCAUGACUCGGCCUGUUAAAAACUACAAAUGCCCCACACAUGUAUACCUGGAAGUACUGCUCUAUGCUAUUCUAGAUGUGGUUGAGAAAGACCAGAAAUUCAUUCCUUAUGUUUGGACUGUUGUGAGGUGGCACAAUGAAUACAUUUCCUGGGAUCCAAAACAGUUUUGUGGAAUUGAUAAUGUUUCCCUUCCUACGGAGGUUUUGUGGAAGCCGGAUCUCACUAUUGAAGAAAUGACAGAGACGGACAAAGCCCCGCCGAGUCCGUAUCUCACAAUCAAUGAUAAAGGUGACGUCGAAGUACAGAACGACCAGGUGCUGGUCAGCACAUGCAGGAUGCACAUUUACAAGUUCCCCUUCGACAUACAGUACUGCAACCUGUCCUUCAAGUCUGUCAUACAUACUGCCAAGGACAUUCGGCUCCAGGCAAGUGACAACUCUUUAGAGGCCACAGAGGUGUCUCGUGAGGUGAUGCGGACCCAGUAUGAAUGGCUGUUCCUCAACAUGACAGUUAUCACCAACCAUGCCAGUGAUUUGGUUGGCCAAGACAUCAUCAUUUACACUAUCACCAUGAAGAGGCGGUCUUUGCUCUAUGUUGUCAACUUCGUGCUGCCAGUUCUGUUCUUCUUGUGUCUGGACUUGGCCUCCUUCCUGAUCUCAGACAGAGGGGGCGAGAAGCUCAGCUUCAAGGUCACUGUGCUGCUUGCUGUCACUGUGUUACAACUUAUUCUGAAUGAAAUUCUGCCUUCUUCAUCAGACAAGAUUCCACUUAUAGCGGUCUACUGUAUUGGGAUUUUUGGUUUGAUGAUGCUCAGCCUCCUGGAGACAAUUUUGGUAAUGAAUCUGAAGGAGAAAGACUCUGAAUCCCAAGAUAAGAAGGCAGACAGAGAACAAAGCCUGAGUGAGGACUGUAACAAACACAGCAACUGGAGAGAGGGGCACAAAUGGACUCACUGUGCGUGUAUCUCUGAUGUGUCUACUGAUGAAACUCCAUCUGAACUGCUACCAGUAGCCAAGGAGAGCAACAGCCCCAAAUCAACGGAGGGGUGCCAUGCCUUGGAGAGGCUUUCAGAUGAGCUGAGAGGGAUGGAGAAAACACUGACCCUGCUCCUCAGUGACACGAAGGAAGAGGAGAAGGCUGGCUAUUGGACCAGAGUGGCUAAAAGAGUCAACAUAGUUUUCUUUAUUUUCUAUGUAAUAGUGGUCAGUCUGUUUUUAACUUUUGUCUUUUUAAAAUGGAACAAUGCAUAGAGAUGAUCAGUGCUACAUAAUGAAAACAUGAUUAACUUUUACUUUUGCUAUGACUAGCUAUACCCAGAGCUAAUUAUCAUUAUUAUCAUUUCCAUGCAGCCAAUAAAAUUGCUCUUUUUUAAAAUUUAAAAUCAUAAUCUCUUAAAACUGUAACGUCACCAAUCCAGCCUAGGCAGACAGUCACACUGACAGCUGGUUAAUUAGCUUAAUUAAUUAGGUUAUUAGCUAAUUCGCUGGUUAGCUGCAGCACAUUAACCAGCAUAACUUAGGUGCAAACAUCACUUUGGUCCAUUUAAAUGCUGGUCUGGCCUGUAUUAUUCAAUAUCACUGCUAACAACACACAGCCUGUUCAUGGCCUGUAAGCUAUAGCACAAGUUUGUUCCCCUGUAGAGGCUCAUCCUCUAAGCUACUGUCAAUCCAACAAUCAAGAGCAUUUUCUUCUUUUUUUAUAAUAAAAAAUAGUAACAAUAAUUUAAAAAAAAAAAACAUGUUGACAUGUUUUAUUUUUGACCGCAAAAACAGAUUUUAAAGUCAGACAUUCCAAUUGUAAAGGUACUCGCAGGCUGAUACUACUACUGUAGCUCCUGUAGUGUUCACUGCAGUCCGCUACACUUCCUAUACAUACGGACCUGCUACACGUAUGCUGAAGAAUACCUGAAAAUAAGACUGGAAGGCAAGCCCCGAGCUUGCCACAUUGAUUCUGACAGUACACUUGUUAGCCUGUGGACCCUAUUCCUGUGUCAAACAAAAGUGCUUUAUGUAUUCUAUGACUAAAUGUUUUGGAAGGAUAAUGAAGCAGGUGUCUCUUGGCCUAAAAGGUGCAAAAAAGUGCAAAGAAGUUUUUAACCCUAAAAGCAUGAUACAUUUAAAUGGUUCUAGAUUUGACACUUGCCAAGACGACAUAAGAUUCAAUCUAUAAAGCACUACUUUGUCAAUUAAAGAAAUAACAUACUGUAUUUCAACGUCUGAAACUGUUCCAUUCAUUUAACAUAGUUUUGAUCGUACCUGCUGUCUAUGUCCACACCUGCAGUAGCAUCAUCAACACUUUCCACACUGCUUUUAGCAGAGAUGAGGAGGAAAUGUGCACUUGCCUGUUCAGAAACACAGUAUGUAGUAGACACUGGUCUGGUUGUAUUGUAACAUUGUAGUACACGAAUAUGACAUUGGAAAUGGUCUUUACCAUGAAAUAUCUUUAUGUAUCGUACAUUGUCUCUCAGGAUUACUGCAGGAAUGUUUUCAAUCAUUUUAACAU